AUGGCAAAGGUGAUAACUGAUGAACAAUAUAUGGAUGCUAUUCAGAAAGUUUUCAAUGAGAAAUUAAAACAGUUCCAAGAAGCAGGUGGGUGGGACGUAAUCAAUGAAAAAGCCCAACACUGUACUUAUCACCGUUAUUUGGAAGCUGGAGCUGAAGAUUGUGAAAACACUGCUAAACUGAUUGAAAGUCUGAUGGUCACAUUGGACGCUGUGAAACGUGAAAUGCAAGCUGAAGUUGAGCGUUUAGAGGCUAGACAGCUUGAGCGCACUAAUUUUACAAAAAUGGUUGAAGUUAUUGAUAGUGUGACGAAAAAUAUAGGAAAUAUCUCUGAGAGCUGCACAAAGAAUACGAAUAUAGACGACAAGCAGGUUGAAGAAUUGGAUCAAGUUAUUCUUCUUCCUUCCAACUCUGUUAAUUUAGAAGCGCAAGUUUCAGGACUGCAAAUAACAGCGAGCACUUCGAGAAGUAAUCAGAGCAGUAUUUUCAAACAAGCACAAAAAAAACCAAAUAAAACUCUCAUUGAGAAAUUGUGUAGGCCGCCAACAUCCAAAACAGGUUCAUUCACGGUAAAUCAAGAUGAAGACACUGUAAAGUUUUUGGACCCAGUGCGUUUGACAUUCCACGAUACAACAACGGGUGAUUCUGUAAGAAGCAGGGAUGGCUUGGACCAAAUAACAGAUAAUCUGAAGAAAGAAGAUGUAGGAUCAGUACGCAAAUCAGAAUCUCCUGUAAUGGAGUCUGAACUUGCUAAACAGUGGAUUCGUGAAGUCACUUUCAAACAAACUCAAAGAAAACCAACUGAAAUUUUUGUUGAGAAAUUGUACAGACCACCAGCAUCCCUAACAGGUUCAUUUACGAUGGAUCAAGAUGAAGACACUGUAACGUUUUUGGAACCAGUGCGUGUUUUGACAUUUCAAGACACAACAAUGGAUGACACUGUAAUCGGCAAGAACAACCUGGAUCAAAUAACAGAUAACCUGAAGAAAAGAGAUGUAGAACCAGCACGCAUAUCAGAACCUCCUGUAAUGGAAUCCGAACUUGCUAAAGGGUGGAUUCGUGAAAUUGCUCUCAAACAAAGCUCAUUUACAGUAGAUCAGGAAAAAGAUACUGUAAUGUUUUUGGAACCAAUGCGUGUUUUGACAUCCCAAGACACAAAAAUGGAUGAUACUGUAAGAGGUGAGGACGAUCUGGAUCAAAUAACUAAGAAUUUGAAGAAAGAAGAUGUAGGAUCAGUACGCAUAUCAGAAUCUCCUGUAAUGGAGUCCGAAUUGGCUAAACAGUGGAUUCGUGAGGUUGUUCGCAAAAUGCUAUAA